GCAAGGACAACAACUGGUUUAUGACACCCUUUGAGAAGAUUGCCAGCCUGCGGAUUAGGAACUCCCUAUUCCCAAUUCAGGUACGUGAUGGGAAAAUCUUUGCCAUUUGGCCAUUCCGUUUUCGUGGGAGGCUCUGCAAGUUACCUAAUGUUGCAUAAAACGGAUGGCCAGGAGGAGGGGCAGCACAGUCGUCUCGAAGACAGCAAAGCGAACACCACUACUCUUAAUCAAGAAUGGAUAACUAUAACCACAAGAAAUUCACUGGAGCUCUGAAGCGAAAGCGCAGCAUGGAUGCGGACUCUGAUGACGAUGUGGUCUUCAUUAUGGAACAGCCGGGCCAACGCACUCCAGAGCAGCCGCAGCCUAAGCGUCGCUUCUUCCGACCCUGGAUGGAUGAGUCUCCGGAAGAGGAGCAACCACAGCCGCCACGUAAGAUUGUGGCUACAUCGACACCGCCGCCACAACAAGUGGAUGGCACCUACCACGCUAACAUGGUGCGCAAUCACCACAAGCGCCGCCAGCGCAGUCCACAGGAGCAACUGCGUCGGGAUCGCAACACCUUGGCCAGCCUGCGCCAUCGACGCUCCCAGCAGCAACAGCAGCAGCUCAUCGAACAACAAUACCUGACCAGUCGCAUUCAGCACGAGGCCAAUCUGCAGCAGCAGAUCCGCCUGAGUCUCUACUAUGUGCGCUUCCUGCAGCAGGCGAUGGCCUCCACGGAGCCACUGCCUCCCACACAGCCAAGGCACAUGAUGCCGCGCCAACAGACCACCACCCAGCAUCCUUGAAGGGUGGACAUGGUGCAACGACUGGGCGCUGCUCAAUGCGCCCUAACUUAUUGUAGAAAAGCUGAAUAGUGAUUGUGAUUACUUUUAAAGUUUAAUUUAUUUAUCUGGUUGACU